AUGUAUCGGAAGCUUCAGUCUGUCAACGAGAGGACCUCGGCCCAAGGGAUCACGAUUCACGACCUGGUGGAGCGACUCGGGCACCUUGAGGAGCAGCUGGACUUGGCUCGCGCUCACCCCCGUCUUCCUGUUGAGCGCUCCGCUUCCUGGGAUCGUGAAGUGGAUCGGGCCAUCCUCGUCAUCAAUUCGAAGGAGGAGGUGCCGUUCUCUGGCGUCGAGGGCGCGAUUGGCUCUUGGCUUCGCUUGUCACGUCGAUUCAUGUUCCGCUUCAAGGGCGAUCUGGACGCCACAGUUGAGCACCGUGUUCGUCAUGCGUUCAGCGCCCUUCGAGAUGACCGAGGCACCUGGCAGCGUUUCUCGGUGGACCUUCCCCUCGGGCGCACCGUUCAGCUCUUCGUCGGUCUCGAUGAGAAACGGCAUGCCCAGGCACGAGAGAUGGCGGUCAAGCGUGCGGUGCGUGCUCUCUCGGAACAUCUUGGUGUGCGAGUAUUUGUGGACCGGGAUGCGGGCAUCAUCGGCCAUCAGUGGGGGCCCCUCGUGUCGCUGCAGAUGGAUCCUGUUGAGGCACCCCCGCAUGCGCUGGAGCAGUGCGAAACUGGCCGGUUUGCGCAUGGACAAGGCCCCCCUGGACGUCCUGGUCAAAAACCAUUUCCAGCGUCGUUCGGUCGAGUGGGAUGGGCAACGCGUUCACGGGCUCGCACGAGGUGCGCUUCGCGUCGUGGAGCUGCUUCUCCCUCUGCCACCUCUCCCAAGGUCUUCCUGGUGCUGAAAUCGGCGGCGGUAUUGCCACCUUCUUUCCUGAGCACGUGUCCCAUGCAUUCGAGACUCGUCGCGUCGGUGAAGUCCGUGGACGGGUGCUGGCGUCGGCUUGUCGCCAUCGCAAGUCUGGCCUCACUUUCCUGCGCUGGAGUGCCCAUCAUCAUGGCGUUGCUCACUCUGAUCUUCUUCGGCCCCGUAACUUGGCACGUGCCCAGCGGCAGUCUGUCCUCCACGACCCGAUGCGUUUCGCUCAGACCUUCACCGGGGACUUCAAUAUCUCCGACGCGCGGGCGGUUCGCUCGACGGCUGUUCCUGGCGCGGCCCCCCCCCCCCGAACCGCUCGCGCCGGCCAACCCCGUCGGCUUCUACGGCCCCGUCGUCUUCCCCGUCGGCCACUACAGCUUCGGCUAG